AUGGCCCAGUCCCUUCCUCAUCUUCCCGCUAUCGAUGAAGAUGACGAAACAAAUUUCGAUUGGGAAACCGCCACCGAUCCAGCACGUCUCAAAAGAUUCCGCACUACCGGAAAAUCAACGCACACCCGUUCAGGAAAGAAGUUGAUGACGGCCGUUCGAGUCGGCGAAGAUCGCGACACCGUCCGCGCCUUACGAGCCACGUAUAUCCGCGAUUACGAUGAACUGGAGGAGCGACACGACCGUUUUCUACAGUUUUUCGCCCCAGAUGCUCCGUCUGAGGCCCUCGCUGGCGAACAACUUUGGCUGCAAGCGGUAGUGUGUGAACACCAAGCCCUGUUGACUACGUGCGACGAUUAUUUGGCAAGGCUUCCAGCCCGAUCGACCGCUUCACUAUCUUCCUCACAUCACUCCAGCGUGUCAUCCGCUCGCGCAAAGAUACAAGAAGCCGAACGGCUGCAGAAGGAAGCUGAAUUCAGACUUCAAAGCGCCCAAGACGAAGCGGUUCGUAGGGCCGCUGAAGAUGUCACUUUAAGGCAAGUCGAAGACUACCAACGACAAGUCGCCGCUAAUCGUCAACAGCGGGAACUCCGCGACCAAAUUGAACUUCAACGGCUUUCCGGCGCCAUCCUGAAAAGACAAUUAAAUGAACUUACCGACGGAGAACAGGAUCAGCCCGAACAGACACCGAUGCUACCCGUCACGAGCGCAUCGUCCGAGGCCACUGCUCCUUCUUCUAUUUGGUCUGCAAACCCACCUUGCCAAACGUCGACUGUUAGGUCUACCACAGUCGGCUUACCACCUCCUCAAAAUGCCGUCCCUACGCACACAACGAUGACACCCUCAAUCGGCUCCAGUAUACCGAAGUCGUUGACGCCUACUAGGCUCUUCACGCCGUCAAACCCCGUUCCAUCCACGAUCGCUACGCCUUCAGUCGCCGGCGGAGUUUUCAACCAAGUCCGCGGACUUGCAGCUAGAGCCAUCAGUGCCCUCACUCCAAGCAAGCCUGCUCCCAUCCCGUCGCACCGAAGAGCCUCACAGCCGACGACGGGCGGUUCUACCAACCCUUCUAGCGCGAUGCCUACUACAGGAGCUGGUAGGCCCCCAUAUGUAUCUACUCAUGCAACGAGUACACCACAAAUCAACCCCCAACGAACGCAUGAAUAUUCAAGACAUUCAUUCCCACCGCCGUCUGGAUCUUCAGUGGGAAAUGGUGGCACGCCACAACCAACUUCGCUCCCGUUCCCGAGCAAUGAAAUGGCUCCACCAUUAUAUUUACCGGCCCCACCAAUUCCGCUAGCUCCGCCGCAAGUAACCCUCGACUCAUCGCGGGUUUACACGCCAGACGCCUGGAUCCAUUCCCCUGAAAACCCAUCUGCGCUUGGUCGUUCGGGUGUCAAACCACCAAGGAUGAAGGCACCAAACUUUGACGGCAACCCACGCAAUUGGCCCAUGUUCAUCCAAAUGUUUAAGGUCUUCGUCCACGACGCGGUCAACUCUGAUGCAGAACGGAUUGCACACCUUCACGAUGCGCUUACUCAAGCCAUUAGAAAGGACAUUGGUGAAGCCCUGCAGAACCCUGGGCUUUACCGACACGCUCUAAGCGAACUGCACAAACGCUACGGGAACCCUCAGAUCGUUUCUCAAGCUUGCACAUCAUCUCUACUAAAAUUGCAAUCGUUCAGGGAUAACGAUUAUAAAGCCCUGCGUGCUUUUUCGGCCGACCUCCAUUCCGUUGUGGCCACGUUGAGACUUGGUGGAUACGGCAUGGAACUCCACAGCAACGCUACUCUUUCACAACUUGUCUCCAAGCUACCCCCUGCGUUAAGAAGUCGAUGGGGAGAAAAAAGCUGGUCCAUGCAACCCCAGUUAUCUACCGUAGAAGACCUGGAUAAAUGGCUUGAUGGAAUCGCCAUGGCUGAGCAUUCCAUCAGAGCAGGAUCGAUCGAAAGUUACCACGAAAAACCUCACAGAAAAAUCAACGAUGGAAAAAAUCGCAGUCACCCUGGCCACAACGUAUUCAACACUACCGUCGACAGACCGAUCGAGCCAGCAAAAUGUCCAGGAUGCAAAUCCAUACAUUACCACCACCUGAAAGACUGUAGACAGUUCAAGGCAGUCCCCGUCGAGAAGAGAGCUGCCAUUGCAAAGGAAUGCAAUGCUUGUUUCCGUUGCUUAGGCCGGGAUCACCUCAGCCGAGAAUGUCGACGCAGCGAAAGAUGCAGCCAGGCCAAUUGUGACGGGGUACAUCAUCCGCUGCUACACGGAGCUCCCAGAAUGUUCCCGAAGUGGGAUAAACCAAAAGAAGCCGGAUUCUCCGGAUCAGUUGCCAUGGGAUCGAAUAGAAGAAUUUUGUUGCCGAUCGUCCCAGUAAUUGUGCAGGCUAACGGAAAGGAAGUUCAGCUAUUUGCGCUCCUCGACGGUAGCAGCGAGAUCUCCGUCAUAAAGAGACGAAUUGCCGAACUUCUCGGGUUGGAAGGCCGCGUGGAACGUCUUGUGACAAGAACAGUCGACGGAAUAGGUCGACCGACCGACCACAAAAUAGUCGAAUUUGACAUCGCUUCGCUGGAUGGCCUAUACUCUUUUAACGUUGUGGGCGCGCACGUUAUGGAUACCUUUCAGUUACACAAAGGGUCGAUUGAUCUGACCAACCUCGCAGAGAAAUGGCCGCACCUCGCUCAUGUGCCCAUACACUCUGCGCUCGACCAAGACGUCGCCAUUCUGAUCGGUCAAGAUCAUCCGGCAGCGAUCGAGAUAUUUGAAUCCCGCAAAGACCCGUAUCACCAACGAGCCCCCCGUGCUUACCUCACUGCCUUUGGUUGGUGUAUUGCUGGACCAACGGCGCGUUCCGGUAAAGAAAAGGGGAACUACUGUUUUCAUGGAAACUUAGUCGACGACCGAUGUGGCGCAUUGUUACAACAAUUCAUGGAACUUGACACCUUUGGAACGAAACCAAACGUCGCCAAACCGGUGGGCGAUGAAGAUAAAAGGGCGUGGAAAAUUUUGAAGGAAACGACAAAACAUAACGGCGAACGUUAUGAAUCAGGCCUACUGUGGAAGCUGGACGACCCGGCUUUACCCAACAACUUCUUUACAGCGCAACGGCGCCUCCUUUGCCUCGAAAAGAAACUAUCCAAGGAUAAAAAAUUGGCCGAAACUUACAAAGGAGUUAUCGACAUGUACGUAAAUCUUAAACAUGCUCGAAAACUGUCAAAAGGAGAAAUCGACGCUGGUCCGUCAGGGCGAACAUGGUACAACCCGCAUCAUCCGGUGUUCAAUCCGAACAAGCCUGGAAAAUGUCGUGUUGUAUUCGAUUUGUCCGCCAAGUGCCGUGGGAUAUGCCUAAAUGACGUUCUCCUCCGAGGUCCAGAUCUCCUUACGAAUCUUAUUGGGAUACUUCUCCGCUUUCGACAAUACGCUGUACCAAUCGUUGCGGACGUGGAAAAAAUGUUCCACCAGGUCAGGGUGCGGCCUAUCGAUGGGCCGGCUUUCCGAUUCCUCUGGCGUGAACCUGGUUCAUCACAACCGCCAGACGUCUACCAAAUGGAUGUCCAUCUUUUUGGUGCCGCCUCUUCACCAGCAGUGUGUUCAAACGCGCUACAACAGGCGGUGAAAGACUACGGUGACGACCAUCUUCUCAAACAAAUCACGAAACACUUCUAUGUCGAUAAUUGGUUGGCAUCCUUUUCGACGGAAGCAGAGGCCAUAUCUACAGCUCAUCGUUUGACCGAAACGCUGAAAACCGGUGGAUUUCCGCUCACUCAAUGGGCGACGUCAAACGACGCCGUCCGCCAAUCACUACCUGGACAACAACUAGAGAAUGCAGUCGUCAAUAUGGAUCUUGAUGCCGAGCCGAUUGAAAGGACGCUCGGCCUCGUAUGGAAUUUCAACCGUGAUGCCUUCAUUCUAGGUGCUUCCGUACGACCCGAUGGCCGAACCAAACGUGAUAUUAUGAAGGCCCUUUCCAGCAUCUUUGAUCCACUUGGUUUCCUAUCACCCAUAGUGUUGCAAGCGAAAUUUCUGAUGCAGGAUAUCUGGCGCAGGAAAUUCGAUUGGGAUGUUGAAUUGGACCAAGACCUAAUCGACCGUUGGAUCCAGUGGGCGAAUUCUCUUCCACUGCUCAACGGCCUUGCCUUAGAUCGCUGUAUUUCACCAACAGGAAAGCAUGUGUCGACAAUAGAACUUCACGUUUUUGGUGAUGCAUCAGAGAUGGGUUUUGGAGCCGUUUGCUACGCCCGCUUCGUCUACCCUAACGGUACGGCGGAUACCAGCCUUCUUCUUUCAAAAUCGCGGAUAGCACCACUGAAGUUUAUGACCAUCCCGCGUCUCGAGCUGAAUGCUGCUGUCUUAGCUGCCCGCCUGGCCGUUCAGGCGAAAGAAGAACACGACAUUAUUUUUAAUAAAACCAUCUAUUGGUCUGACUCGAGUACCGUCCUGAGUUGGAUCAAGUCUCGUUCCUGCCGCUUCAAUGUUUACGUCGGUAAUCGCAUCGGGGAGAUCCUCGAGUCUUCUUCUUCAAGCCAAUGGAAUUAUGUCCCAAGCUCCAUCAACCCAGCCGAUGAUGCAAGCAGGGGUCUCGACGCCGCUGAAUUUGACAUCCGACAUCGUUGGUUUUCUGGCCCGGAGUAUCUAAAGGUGUCAACCGACUGGCCUUGUCUUCCAUCCCUACCGCCACUGGAAGCGGAUGAUCCAGAAGUUCGCGAGACAACAUGGGUCGGCCAGGUCCAAUUGCAAGACAACGAGAUCGACCAGCUUAUUGCAAGAAAAUCGCGAGUUCAUAUCGUCAUCCGUACCGUCGCUUACAUGUUCCGAUUUAUUGCCAACGCGCGCAAGACUCGAGAACAUAGAAAGUUGGAUGGCCUAUCGGAAGAAGAAAUCAGCCUAGCCCGCAACGCACUAUUUCGACACACGCAGCGAAACGUUUAUCGUAUCGAGAUGGACGAUUUACGGGCCGGCCGCCCAAUUGAAUCGAGUUCCAGUCUCAUCAAGCUAUCGCCAUAUCUGGAUCACCGUGGUAUAAUGUGCGUAGGCGGUCGGAUCGACAAGGCGCCGGUGCCACUUGACGUUCGCCACCCCAUCAUCCUUCCACGUCAUGAACGUUUCACUCAGUUGAUCCUCUCCCAGAUGCACCGUGAUCGAGCGCAUUCGUCGGCCGAACAGCUUCACCACGAAGCGCGAAGUCAAUACUGGAUCCCCAAAGGCAGGCUUACUGCCCAAAAGGCAUUCCGGAUGUGUCUCCCUUGUAAGAGGAAGAACGCGAAAGGCUUUCACCCGAAAAUGGCCGACCUACCCAGCUUUCGCCUAAAGGUAGGCUAUCCCGCAUUCACACACACCGGCGUGGAUUAUUUCGGGCCAAUAGAAGUGACAAUUCUACGACGCACUGUCAAACGCUGGGGCUGCCUUUUUACCUGCCUGACGUCUCGUUGCGUCCAUUUGGAGAUGGCAUAUUCACUCGACACCAGCUCGUUUAUCUCCGCAUUGGAUCGUUUCCAAAACCGUCGCGGCGUCCCAGCUUCUCUCCAUAGCGACAAUGGAACGAAUUUUGUCGGAGCUCAACGAGAGCUGGCUGAAUGCCUUCAAAAUCUCAACCAACACGAAAUACUUAAGCAUCUAGGCCGCCAACCCACCAAGUGGCAUUUCAACCCGCCAGCCGCCCCGCAUUUUGGUGGCGCAUGGGAACGCCUCGUCCGCUCCGCCAAGACCGCGUUACGAUCCGUCUUGGGAAGACAACGACUUUCUGACGAAAUUCUCGUCACAGCUCUCACCCACAUUGAGAACGUCCUCAACAGCCGGAAACUCACAGCCAGCAGCGACGACCCAGCUGACCCAGAGAGCCUCACGCCCAAUCACCUACUUCUAGGACGCGCAAACCCAAAUACUCCACCUGACGUCUUCUCUAAAGACGACUUAUCUGCCCGACAAAGGUGGCGUAUUUCACAGGCCAUGGCCGACCAGUUCUGGCGUAGAUGGAUGAAAGAGAUCAUUCCCAGCCUCACGGAGCGUGAAAAAUGGUACCAGGAUCAGCCGAAUCUCGAAGUCGGCGAUAUCGUCGUGCUUAUAAACUCAUCAACUCCCCGUGGUAUCUUGCCAACCGGCCGAGUCACCCAAGUCGUCGUCGGUGGAGAUGGAAUUGUCCGGUCAGCGUAUAUCCAAACCAAUGGCACCGAAUACCAUCGUCCCGUCCAUGAACUACUAUUGAUUGAAUCCGUCCAUGUAAGAGAAGAUGCGAUUGAUCAAAACAAUCGCAGGGCCGGCGAUGUUGCUAAUUUGGCAACGUCAGGAUCGGAGAUGGGGAAAUCGGUAACGAAGGGAGGAGUCGCCGAACACCUCACCUGA